UCUGUCACUUGAGCCCUUGGAUGCGUCUCUGUCCUGACAGCCUGGUCGACUCGCCUACACUGACAGUUGUGUUGCACUCCCCCAUCUGGCAUAGACAAGACGCAGCGCGCCUCAGAGAAAGAAACUGACGUGUUUUGCGCAUUUCCUGCACCAGUGUUUAGACGGUCGGAUGAGAAAAGGGAGGUGUGCAGGAAACCAAAAACAGCAACGGCGAGAAAACAGCCUGGGAGUUUAAGGAGCAAACUGAAACCAAGUACAGCAACGGCAAGAAAACCGUCUGGGAGUAUAAGGAGCGAACAGAAACCAAGAAAACCACAACAGAGUCGACCUGCAACUAUACACUGCAUGAGCAAUUCACAAGUCGGGUAGCCGGUUUGGGAAACAUCCCAAAUGCUCGGCGAGGAGGCAGCAGUCUCUUCCAACGGCGUAAUACGAGUGUUUCCAAAGCAUAGUGGAGUUGCCGAGGAUAGUUUUGAUAGAUUUUGCUCUGUCGUGUUGCGGUUUGGGUAGGCUGUUGACAUUCCAACUGCUGCAUAGUCGUAUUUUUCCUUCAUAUAAGCUUCUCAAGAAGUGUAUUUAUUCUAUUCAGACGAAAGGUUUUGUCUGGUUGAACGCCAAAUGUGGAUUAUCAUUGGGAAAACUAAGACUGUUAGAGAGCAAAAACGAGACAAUUUACUCUCACUAGACUGUUUCGGGAGGACUGAUUUGCAUCCGAUUGGCAGUCUAUGUGUGUACUAGAGUGAGACGGGACAGCAUUUCCCCGUUACAUUUAAGUCUCAACCCCAUUCAAACCGUGGUCUUCAUUAAGGAUUCAAACAACACAUAAAACUAGGACAAAUGAUUUAUGACCAGUUGAAGUGUUUGGGUUAAAGGAAUUUAUUGUAAACAACCACUCUUCUUCCAAGUCCUAUUGAGGAGGAUUACAUCACCGCCAUGGUGGUUUUCAAUGGGUUAUUGAAGAUCAGGAUUUGUGAGGCGUUGGACUUGAAACCGACAGCUUGGUCUCUCAGACAUGCGGUUGGCCCAAAGACCCAGACUUUUCUCUUAGACACAUACAUUGCACUAAACGUGGAUGACUCGCGUGUGGGCCAAACUUCCACCAAACAGAAAACCAACAGCCCUGCGUGGAACGACGAGUUCGUUACGGAGGUGCAUAACGGAAGGAAAAUCGAACUGUCGGUGUUUCACGACGCGCCAAUUGGAUAUGAUGAUUUCGUGGCCAACUGCAUCAUACAGUUCGAAGAUAUAUUGCAGAAUGGCAGUAAGCACUACGAGGAAUGGAUUGACUUGGAGCCUGAGGGGAAGGUGUACGUCAUCAUGGACCUGUCUGGAUCCUCUAGUGAAGCUCCAGGCUCCGGUGAGAAUACUGAGGAGCGUGUGUUUCGGGAGCGCAUGCGGCCUAGGAAGAGGCAGGGUGCCGUACGAAGGAGGGUCCAUCAGGUCAACGGACACAAGUUCAUGGCCACCUACCUGCGGCAGCCAACCUACUGCUCCCACUGCAGAGACUUUAUAUGGGGUGUGAUUGGAAAACAGGGUUACCAGUGUCAAGUGUGCACGUGUGUAGUCCAUAAGCGCUGCCACGAGCUCAUCAUCACAAAAUGUGCUGGGAUGAAGAAAGACAAAGAGGACACCACACCAGAGGAGGUUGGAUCGCAGCGGUUCAGCGUUAAUAUGCCUCAUAAGUUUGGUAUUCACAACUUCAAAGUCCUAACCUUCUGUGACCACUGUGGAUCACUACUGUGGGGCCUGCUCAGACAAGGGCUGCAAUGCAAAGUCUGUAAGGUGAAUGUACACAGACGCUGUGAAAGUAACGUGGCUCCUAACUGUGGGGUGGACGCGAGGGGCAUCGCCAAGGUUCUGUCUGACCUGGGGGUCACACCAGACAAGAUCUCCAGCAGUGCCCAGAGGAGGAAAAAGAUAACCCAAGAACCCCAGCAGCCGUUACCAUGUACCCCCCAGGCAGAGGAGGACCGAUGCAAAUCAGCCCCCACCUCCCCAUGUGACCAAGACCUGAAAGAGUUGGAGAACAUACGCAAGGCGCUGUCGUUUGACCAACGUGGACAGGAACACAAGUCGGCCUCAUCCUCUUCUUCCAGCAGGGUGGCGGUGGGCUCAGAGGGGGGCGAGGCCCGGGAGAAUGGAGAGCUCAAGACUGUCCAGACCAAGAGGAUGACGCUGCAGAACUUCCUCUUCAUCAAGGUCCUGGGCAAAGGCAGCUUCGGAAAGGUGAUGCUGGCUGAGCUGAAAGGGACAGAUGAGGUGUAUGCUGUGAAGGUGUUGAAGAAAGACGUGAUCCUGCAGGAUGAUGAUGUGGACUGUACCCUGACAGAGAAACGCAUAUUGGCCCUGGCUAGGAAACACCCCUACCUGACCCAGCUCUUCUGCUGCUUCCAGACUAAGGACCGUCUGUUCUUUGUGAUGGAGUAUGUAAAUGGAGGAGACCUGAUGUUUCAAAUCCAGCGUUCCAGGAAGUUUGACGAGACGCGCUCUCGCUUCUAUGCCGCCGAAGUCACUUCUGCCCUCAUGUUUCUUCACCAACAUGGAGUAAUCUACAGAGAUCUGAAACUGGAUAACAUUCUGCUGGAUGCACAAGGCCACUGUAAACUGGCUGACUUUGGCAUGUGUAAGGAGGGGAUCCUCAAUGGAGUCACCACCACCACCUUCUGUGGGACCCCAGACUACAUCGCUCCGGAGAUCCUACAGGAGCUAGAAUAUGGCCCCUCUGUGGACUGGUGGGCUCUGGGGGUGCUUAUGUACGAGAUGAUGGCUGGCCAGCCCCCCUUUGAGGCCGACAAUGAGGAUGACCUGUUUGAGUCCAUUCUCCACGAUGAUGUCCUCUACCCAGUGUGGCUAAGCAAGGAGGCAGUCUCCAUCCUCAAAGCGUUCAUGACGAAGAGUCCAAACAAGCGUCUGGGCUGUGUGAUCACCCAGGGCUUGGAGGAGGCCAUCAAGGUGCAUCCCUUCUUCAAGGAGAUGGACUGGGUUCUGCUGGAGCAGAAGAGGGUCAAACCACCCUUCAAACCUCGCAUUAAAACCAAAAGGGACGUGAACAACUUUGACCAGGACUUCACUCGCGAGGAACCUGUCCUCACCCCAGUAGAAGACGCCAUUAUUAAGCAGAUCAACCAAGACGAGUUCAAGGGUUUCUCCUACUUUGGAGGGGAGGAGAAUCUGUCCUAAGGCCUGCACACACACCAACACACACACACACACACCAACACACAAACAAACACGUAUAGACACACAUACAUGCAGGAACACUGACAUACACACGAAUUUAAAAACACACAUACAUACAUACAUACAUACAUACAUACAUACAUACAUACAUACAUACAUACAUACAUACAUACAUACAUACAUACAUACAUACAUACAUACAUACAUACAUACAUACAUACAUACAUACAUACAUACAUACAUACAUACAUACAUACAUACAUACAUACAUACAUACAUGCAAACCCAUGUAUUUUGUCCCAUGCAGACAUACAGAAUUAUAAAAUACACACAGAGUAAAUUAUUACUUUCACACACUCAUAUAAAACUCCAGCCAUUAGGGCCUCAGAUUAGUACCAACUACAAAACCUAAACCAGACCAUCUACAGCGCUCUACCAGUAUCUGUCUGUCUGUCUGUCUGUCUGUCUGUCUGUCUGUCUGUCCAUCAGUGGAUGUUUUCUAAGUUACAAACCAAUUUAAUUCAAGAGUAGGUCAGGAAGCCCAUCUGCUUUAUUAUCAAGGUCCUAUUGGCUGGUCCAGAUCAGAGUGGUGGAUCAAACCACACUCCUUGUGGUGGAGGGUGGCCCUAGGAUUGGCCCCCUGACACUGAAUAUAGCCUGGCCCUUGCCCCACUGGCCUGGGCUGAUAACAGUGAUGAAAGCUCCUCACAGUCCAGCCCCAUAUUGUCUCAAGGCCCUUUCCAGUGGACUAUGAAAUGUACAGGGAAUGUUUGUGUGACGGUGUCAACUUUUUGUCUAUAUAAGGAUUUAAAGGUCAGGGGUUAUGUGUGCUUUGAGCAGGGGUCUUGUUCGACAUGGUCUCCUUGCAAUAGAUCAGACUUUCAACUGUUUCGUCAACCAUCCUAGUUCCUCAGUGAGUAUAUGAUACUGAAAUAAUUAUAUUAUUAUAUGAAUCUGUAAUUUCUUAAGCUGUCCUGUAAAUUUCUCAUUGUACUAGAAUGUCCUCCUCCUCUGCCAUGUUUAAACUGGAUGUACUAGAAUGUCCUCCUCCUCUGCCAUGUUUAAACUGGGUGUACUAGAAUGUCCUCCUCCUCUGCCAUGUUUAAACUGGAUGUACUAGAAUGUCCUCCUCCUCUGCCAUGUUUAAACUGGAUGUACUAGAAUGUCCUCCUUCUCUGCCAUGUUUAAACUGGAUGUAGUAGAAUGUCCUCCUCCUCUGCCAUGUUUAAACUGGAUGUAGUAGAAUGUCCUCCUCCUCUGCCAUGUUUAAACUGGAUGUACUAGAAUGUCCUCCUCCUCUGCCAUGUUUAAACUGGAUGUAGUAGAAUGUCCUCCUCCUCUGCCAUGUUUAAACUGGAUGUACUAGAAUGUCCUCCUCCUCUGCCAUGUUUAAACUGGAUGUACUAGAAUGUCCUCCUCCUCUGUCAUGUUUAAACUGGAUGUACUAGAAUGUCCUCCUCCUCUGCCAUGUUUAAACUGGAUGUACUAGAAUGUCCUCCUCUGCCAUGUUUAAACUGGAUGUACUAGAAUGUCCUCCUCCUCUGCCAUGUUUAAACUGGAUGUACUAGAAUGUCCUCCUCCUCUGCCAUGUUUAAACUGGAUGUACUAGAAUGUCCUCCUUCUCUGCCAUGUUUAAACUGGAUGUACUAGAAUGUCCUCCUUCUCUGCCAUGUUUAAACUGGAUGUACUAGAAUGUCCUCCUCUGCCAUGUUUAAACUGGAUGUACUAGAAUGUCCUCCUCCUCUGCCAUGUUUAAACUGGAUGUACUAGAAUGUCCUCCUUCUCUGCCAUGUUUAAACUGGAUGUACUAGAAUGUCCUCCUUCUCUGCCAUGUUUAAACUGGAUGUACUAGAAUGUCCUCCUCUGCCAUGUUUAAACUGGAUGUACUAGAAUGUCCUCCUCUGCCAUGUUUAAAUGCAAAAAAAAACGAAUCCAUAGAACCAAUGAUUGUAUUUAAAAAAGCUAAAAACCAAUUGGUUCACAGGGUCAAUAAAAAAAGAAGCCUGUUUGAAAGUUUCCUCAAGAUCAAAACGACGGCAGAAUUAGAACAAGUCCAUGUACAGUACAUCAAAUGCCCAUUGUGUGUAGCUGCAGAUCAGUUACAUAUUGUAGAUAUGCCCACAGUGUUAUGGUAGUCUAGCUUCAUGUAUUCCAAAUGAAUGUCAUGGGUUUCAAUGUGGACAAAUGUGCUUGUAUGCAUGAGUGAUGGUGGGGAUGCAACUGAAUGUAUCGGGUCUGUUUGUGUGAGUGUGUGUGCAUGUGCAUGUGUGUGUGUGUCAAUAAGUAUACUGCACGUACGCUAGUUUGUGUGAGUCUGUUUGUGCGUGUGCGACAUAGGCAGUGGGUUCAUGAGAAGGGCCCUCUUGAAGAUUUAACAUUUCAUUGUGUCUGUUUUAUUUCGUUGUGUUUUAUUUCAUUGUGUGUUUUAUUUCAUUGUGUUUUAUUUCAUUGUGUGUUUUAUUUCAUUGUGUGUUUUAUUUGUCGUGAUUUUACUGGAUUGUCUUGUUGCUCAGUGUCUGAAAUCCUGGAUUUCCCUGCUAUGCAACAAGACUCACAAUCAUGUGGGGGAAGGCAUCACCAGAUAGCUGUGUCUUUCCCUCUGUUCAGACCACCUUGUAUAUAGAAGCCUGUGGACUUCUUGGAGAAAUAGAGGUAUCAUCUAUUGCAUGGUUAUGCAUAUGAUGUUAUUGUGUAUUAAUAGAAUAUGAAAAAGUGACAAUGUCCAUGUACAAUAUUCUAUGUCUGUCUGUCUGUUUUUGGUUUCCUUUGCUUUCUUGCCAGGUGUCUUCACUGUUCAUCCUCCCAUUGACUCUUUGCUGUUGUUCUGUAUGGUUUUGACAGUGUAUGCAUGGCUGUUUUCAUUUGCCUGUCGUUAACCCCAUUGAUAGCCAUGUCUAUGUGCUUCCUUCAGAGUGUUCCAUCAAACCACCUCACCACCCCUCUCCUUGCCCUCUCUCAACUCUUUUUAAAAAAGGUCAACAUUUCCUGUAGCAUAUCUCUUUAAAAAAGGUCAACAUUUCCUAUAGCAUAUCUCUUUAAAAAAGGUCAACAUUUCCUAUAGCAUAUCUCUUUAAAAAAGGUCAACAUUUCCUGUAGCAUAUCUCUUUAAAAAAGGUCAACAUUUCCUGUAGCAUAUCUCUAUAAAAAAGGUCAACAUUUCCUAUAGCAUAUCUCUUUAAAAAAGGUCAACAUUUCCUGUAGCAUAUCUCUUUAAAAAGUCAACAUUUCCUGUAGCAUAUCUCUAUAAAAAAGGUCAACAUUUCCUAUAGCAUAUCUCUUUAAAAAGUCAACAUUUCCUGUAGCAUCUCUUUUUAAAUAAGGUCAACAUUUCCUACACCAUCUCUUUUGAAAUAAGGUCAACAUUUCCUGUAGCAUAUCUCUUUAAAAAAGGUCUUUAAAAAAGGUCAACAUUUCCUACAGCAUCUCUUUUUAAAUUUGGUCAACAUUUCCUGUAGCAUAUCUCUUUAAAAAAAGGUCAACAUUUCCUACAGCAUAUCUCUUUAGAACAGUAAUAUUACCAAAGGUAGUAAAUCUAUUGGAUUCAUGAAGCUUAUAGAAACCAUCGACCUUCUUAAUGCAUUCAAGCCAAAUAACUCUCUGGCCAAGAUACUGUAUGUGAUAUUGUAAGCCUACACCAAAUCAAGGUAAAUUCAAAUCUACUGUCAUAUUCUGUCAGUAGAACACAAAAAGAACAAUGUCGGUUUGUUAUAAUAUUGCAAGUUGUACAUUCCAUUUUAGAGUAGAAACUUGAAAGUAACUUUCAAAUGUUGGAUUCAUAACAGUAGGACUAUUUGCAAUUGAAGAGGUAGUGUAGUAGUGAUAGUAUGACUACUGUAGAAGUAGCAGUUGUUAUUGUAGUAGUAGUAGUAGUAGUAGUUAUUGUAGUAUUAUUAGUAGCAUGUAUAACAGUGCUAGUGCUACUAGUAGUAGCAAUUAUGCUAUGGGGAGCAGGAGUAACUGUAGCAACAGUGGUUGUAACAGCGUUAAUAGGUGACGGUAUCAUGGAAUCAACUGUCAAAGCAAUACUGAUGCCCCUGCCCCACACACACCACUGCAUGAAGGCCGCUCAUACACCCAAAGGAAUACUGAUGCCCCUGCCCCACACACACCACUGCAUGAAGGCCGCUCAUACACCCAAAGGAAUACUGAUGCCCCUGCCCCACACACACCACUGCAUGAAGGCCGCUCAUUCACCCAAAGCAAUACUGAUGCCCCUGCCCCACACACACCACUGCAUGAAGGCCGCUCAUACACCCAAAGGAAUACUGAUACCCCUGCCCCACACACACCACUGCAUGAAGGCCGCUCAUACACCCAAAGGAAUACUGAUACCCCUGCCCCACACACACCACUGCAUGAAGGCCGCUCAUUCACCCAAAGCAAUACUGAUGCCCCUGCCCCACACACACCACUGCAUGAAGGCCGCUCAUACACCCAAAGGAAUACUGAUACCCCUGCCCCACACACACCACUGCAUGAAGGCCGCUCAUACACCCAAAGGAAUACUGAUACCCCUGCCCCACACACACCACUGCAUGAAGGCCGCUCAUACACCCAAAGCAACCACACCUUUGACACAACUGCACCCGUGUCAAUUAAUCACAUGACCCCCAACAUGAGAACAGUGUUAAAGAGAGGACAUUUGUGUUUUGUUUUGUAAGAUGGCAGACGCCCGUGCUACUCCGACCCAUACGGAAGGUGUCCCUAGAGGUCCAAAAUGCUCCAUGCAAAAUCCUUAACUCCAACUUUCUAUGGUCCUUCUUUUAUUGUGUACUUUUUAAACUGUUUGUAAAAGGAAGAAAACAACUCAUAGGAAACUCAUUUGUCUGUUGUAAGGUCAGUGAAGCAGAUGAAUGAGUACAAUGUAGAUUGUUGAAGAAGUACAUCUGGCGGAAUAUUAUGUGUUUGUUACAUACAGUAGAAUAAAAGACACAGCGGUGGCCCACCUCCAUUAUAUUACUGUAUGUACCUCUGUACAUGUUGGGUUUCCUAAUGGAGACUACUUCUGUAAUAAAAGCAUGCUCAUUUAAGAAUAUCUAUUGGAAUGUCCUUUUCAUCCAGGACGACACUGAUUCUGGGUCUGGGAAGCUGGACAAUUGUAUUGGAUUUCUGGUUUCUGUAUUGUGAAGCUUUCUAUGUACAGUUUGUCACCUGGCUGUUUUAUUUUGAAGUCCUUUGGCAUUCAUUACUGUAUGUCAUUGUAAGCAUUUUGGCUGUGUGCCAAAGGAUGUGAAUGUGUACUGUUGGUUUUUGGAACUUAUUAAAUAUAAUGAUGUCAAAUCAAAUAGUG